ACGUGCAUGCGGUCCACUAGAGGCGCUUACAUUUUUAAUAAAAAAUUCUGUGCUUUGUGCUUCAUGAUUUUUGAUUCUGUUAAGCUUAUAGCAAAGAGUAGCCGCAGUUUUGAUAAAUAUGUCAAAGUUUAAGAAGACCAAUGCGCAGAUUUAUGCCAAAACAGCGACAGUACAGUCGCCGGAUACAAUCUACUGGAAAAAGUUGGGGAUACCAACGUUGGUGAAGGAAUUUGGAGCAAUCGACUACAUCGAUUUCAGCCCGGUUGAACCGUAUCUGUUCGCAGUGACCGCAUCGGUUCGUGUUCAGAUCUACAAUCCGGUGACCAAGCUAGUGGUUAAAAAUAUAAGCAAGUUUCAAGAAGGCGCACACGGAGGUUCUUUCAGGAAAGAUGGCAACCUCCUAGUGGCUGGUGAUGACCUUGGAAAAGUGCGCCUUUUCGAUGUCUCCUCAAAGUCUAUCCUUCGCUUUUUUACUGGUCACAAGGCUCCGGUGCAUCGAACAUUUUUCAACGCUGAUGGACAUCACGUAAGCAGCUUUUCGGAUGAUAAAACCGUUCGGUAUUGGGAUAUCGCCACAGAAAAACACAUCAACACUUUCUCCGAGCAUACGGAUUACAUUCGCGCUGGUUGUACGAGUCCCGUGAGCCCUAACAUAAUUGUUUCCGGUGGUUACGAUAAGAAAAUAAACAUGUACGACACAAGAACAAAGGAGAAAGUACUAUCGUUGGAUCAUGGUAGUCCAGUAGAGUCACUGAUCUUUCUACCAAGUGGCGGCAUUUUCAUAAGUGCUGGAGGAACCUCAGUUAAUGUCUACGACGCGCUAGCAGGUGGUAGAAAGAUUGCCCAAUUAUCAAAGCAUCAUAAAACUAUUACCUGCUUGCAACUUGCUAGUGAUGGCAAACGAUUGCUUUCUGGAAGUCUGGAUAGACACGUUAAGAUCUACGAUAUCGCAACUUAUCAAGUAGUACACACCAUAGAUAACUCCAAUGCAGUGUUGAGUUUGGGUGUCUCCAAAAAUGACGAUACUCUCGUGACAGGAAUGGUCGACGGGCUGAUAGCCAUACAUCGGCGUGACGCCGAUAAGGAUAGAGAUGAUUCCGCGAAAAGCAAAGUUCGUCAAUCUAAGGCACGGGCGAGGUACGAGAACAUUUUCGAUAGCGCUGAUGAGAAAAUUUCCGAAUUCCGUCAUGAUAGAAUUGAGCAGUUCGAUCGAAUGUUGAGACAGUACGAGUAUUCCAAGGCCCUCGAUAGUGUCAUGUUGCCCGUCGUGAUGGGAAAAGCUCCCGAGAAAACCGUUGCCUUGAUAAGGGAACUGAUUCGACGGAAAGGAUUGGACAGGGCACUGAAAGGCAGAGCGCACUCAUUUCUAGUGCGGUUCAUAAAUUUCCUUAUGCGCAAUAUUGGAGACUACCGGUUCACCCCAACUCUGGUUGAUGCAGCGAACAUACUGCUAGAUGUCUAUGAGGAUGAUUUUGAACAGUUUGCCGGAACGGAGGUCGGUAAAAUGUUCAUUAACCUUUCGCGAAGGUUGAAGAAAGAAGAGCAAAUUAUAGGAGAUUUUCUGGAAGUGCAAGGACUGCUAGAAAUGAUCUCUGCUGCGGCCGAUAUAAGCCAAGCUGCCAAUGAAGAUGAAAAGGCACAGAGCGUACUCAUGGAAGGACUUCAAGCUUCUAUGAAUGCCAAAAAACAGGCUGUUAUUAACAUUGAUUGAUUACAGCAAUAAAUUUCAUCUGGCAAAACAUAGCGAAGA